CGGUGCCAAACAACAUCUUUGCUGUCUUUUUUCCAUAUUAGUUUCAUUGGAUUCGUCUUUAUAUGAAGUUAUCCGUUAUUUAGGGUACUUUCAGAGUUCUAUAAUUUAAUCAUCUUGAUUGCUUGUUACAAUGGAAAGAAGGCGUGCCUUCGACACUCACCAGGACCAUACUAGACCAGACAGAUCUCGGUCUCCACAUCAAUUACAUCCAUGGGAGAAAAACUGCAGCGAAACUAAGUCCGUUUUGUACUCAGCGGACGUUCAGUUCCAUAGACGAAGCCCCAACAAGCAACGAUCUCCAUCCAAGCAGUCAUCUUCAAAGGCUUAUACGAAAUCUAAGAUACCACUUAAACAGUCGCAGCCAGAACGUGCUCGUACAACAAGUCAUCCGCAAACUCGCUCAGAUGCUGGUGUUCAAGAUUACGUGGAGAAAUUACAAAAAUGGAGCAGCAUGCACAGCCCAUCAAAGUUUAUGGCUGGAAUGAUGUCUGCGGAUGGCACUUACGAGGUGCCUCUCGAGGCAACCCCCAAACGUCGUUCGCGCGGACCAUGGUUUGUUGAACAUUACAGCAAGGUUGAGGGCCCAUCGCAAACUGGCACGGAAAAAUCACACGGUUCAAAGGAUAACAUCAUAAGGGUUGAGAAGGAAAAUCGUCGCACUGAUGAGUACUUAACGAGCAAAUUGAAAGACAAUGAGGUAAUCCAUUCCGAAAAAAGCGUCCAUUCAACUACUACGAAGGUAGUCAAGAGCUCCAGUCAAGUGGUUACAACAGACGAUGAUGGAUAUGCCAUACCAACAACUGAAGGGCGAACUGGACCGAUGCCAUCUUCUCAGGAGCGAGAAACCCCAAUCUUUGCUACACCAUCAAAAGUAGAAAGCCCUAACGAACUUUUCUAUACGCCAAUGACACAUCCUCGAGCAAAUCGAACAGCAAGUGGGCACGCUGCAACUCCAGAUCCAAAGCUUCAUGACAUUUCUACAGGACAGAUCCCAAAAUUCUCACUAAUCAAUGUAAAGAAAUUCUCAUCUACGUCGCCUUCGAAACAUGACACUUUAAUAAAGGAAAGGACGGAAACACAAUUAGCAUCAUUUGAAAAGGCCUCGAAGAGGCUAGAUAAAGCAUUGCAGGAAGCUACCGAAGCAUUGCAACAUCCCAUCAAAUUGACCUUACCUUCGGAUAUUCCCCCGUUUAGCGACCAACGUCAAACUUUGGACGUUGCCCAAGUAGAAAAUCUGCGCAAUAGAGAUAUCGCAGCUCGCGAGACCUUGCGCCAUUCUCUUCCAUCAAAGCCCUUAUUUGAAAACAGUUUGUCUUAUGAACCUGAUGCCACUGACAGUCAGGAAGACAGCAGAAAAGUACAUUUUGCGUCUUCAAGCAUGGAGGAGAAAGCGAGUGAACAAUUGGGUUCAAGGAAUAUCCCACUAUCGAAAGUCUUGGGAGCCAGCAUGGCUGCUGAGUUGGCUUACGCCGAAAAAGUUCAGAAGAUUCAAACGCAUUUGAAUAACGCCCAUCAUCUCGCGACCUUGGUACAGCAAAAGGCAGAGCAGCAGCUUGGGGAUGAUGCCUCCGACGAUGUUGACAGAAUACUAGACUCCAUCUCGUUGCGAGACGACUCGCUUGUGACCAGUGACGAUAGUGAGAAGCCAAAGAAAAACAUUAAAGUCCAAGGAACAUCAAAACCAAUGAACACGAGCGUGAGGUUCAAUUUUAUGCCCUCGCCUGUCCGAAAGACAGCAUUUAUGACCCCUGCACAGCGACAGGAACGAAAGACGAAAGUGGAAGAAUAUCUUCGUAUGUACAAUGUCUUGCAUACCCUGCAAGCUGCAGUUUUCAAGCUCAAAAGGUCUAAAUGCAAGCCUGAGCAAGUGCCAAAAAUCGAGGAGCUAUCCAGGGUGGCGGAGAAGGAGUACAGAGAAGCGAUUGUUCAAGCAAAGUCAUGGUUGAGAAAAAGGAUCUCACAGCAUGAGUUUUUGCAAAUUGUUGAAAGACAGCAAAAGAAGGUUUAUGAUGAGAGCGAAGAAUGCAGCAACAGGAUCAAACGCCUCCUAUCGGCACAGGCUGCUGCACAGGUCACAACACAGGACGAUGCAUCUCGUUCAAAAAAUUUGGCUAUCCCUACCAUCGCUAAUGAGAAUGAGCUGCCGCCUGUGAGAAUGGAUACAAAGGCGUUGAACGAGAGUGUUGAAUGCGACUUAUGGAAUCUCAGUGCACGAUCAUUGCGCCGAAAUCUGGAUAUCCGCCGCGAACAGGCUGAAAUUCUGAAUAGAAGUUUUGAAGAGAAAACAAGGGAUAUUGAGCAAAUGACAAGAAAGUCAAUAACAGCCCAAAUCAUCGAGUAUGACCGCGUAAUUUCUGAGAGAACGGAGCUACUUAACAAAUUGGAUGAAAUUUCUGCGGAAGAAGAAGUGUCGCAGCCAACACCAACUCCUCGUCGGGUUGGGGUAGAACCCUUAGAUCUUGCUCAGCUAGAGGAGCAUGCGAUAGAAGACGAAAGGAACAACAUAUCGGUGUCAGAAUCGGGAGGAAAUCAACAAAGCUCAUUAUCCGAGGAUAGCACUGAUGUAGGGAUUAUACGCACUAUUUCACAAUCUACCGUCUACGAAGAUUCGCUUUCUCAUUUUGAUGAAGAAGAGAAGAAUCAGAGCUCAGCAAGUUCUUCUACUCUGUACCAGUCGGAUGUGGAUGAUGCUUUGGAAACAAAGAAUAUUGAAAAUGCGGAUCAUCUUCAUCCAUCUCGUAGAACCUUGGACACGGCGGAGACCCUAGCAAUGCUGUCACGUCAGACUGUGACGGUUGUCGGUGAUGAGAACUCUCUGGAUAGUGUCGAUCAGAUUCUUGAUAAACUGGAGUCAGCCACUUUCACUCUGACGGAUGCCACAAUUGAGGAAGUUCCUCUUGAAGAGCUGUCCUCAUCAGACGGUGGGAAAGUACUUGACAAGACUUUCACAGUGGCUCCUGAUACGGGGGCAAUGUUGCCGAAUGAAGCUUUUGAAGAAGCAGACCAGUUCGUGGACGAGAACGGGUUGGGCGACAAUUUGAUAACUCCUCACGAAAGCGUCAGAUUGGAAGUGUCCAUGUAUAACACUGGGACUUGGAGUAAAGCGGAAGUGAACGUUCCAGACAAAACUGUAACACAUGUUAGUGAAGUGCUUGACGCCUCUACUUUGGAAACCCCAAGCACUAUCGGAAAUGCAGUUGAUGUAACCGAAACCGCGGAAAGUGGAGAUAAUAAUCUGAGUCCACUUGAACUCAGCCAUGAAGAGACGAAGGAGGUCCUGAAGGAAGGUAUAUUCAUAUCGGAUGCGGAAGGUAGCGGAGACCGAUUCUCAGCAAGCUCUGGCGCAGAUCAUGCACAGCCUUCUAGUGUGGACGAAGAGCGCCCCAAAUCACAGAACGAUGUGAAUGAGGAAAACUUUGGGGAUGGCGCGAAGGAGGUAACAACGGAUGGCGAAAAUGUAGUGCAUGAGGUGGAGAAAGAGACGCAGUUGAGCUCCCAGAGCGAUGCUACAGCAAAUAUGGGUUUGGCUGACGAAGUGAGCACAACAACGGAAUCUACAGCAACAGAAGAAGUACUAAAUGCGGACCAAAGUACCUCGGUCGUACCUGAGGAAGAAAAUUCUGCACAGCGCAGUUCUUUUACUGCUCGCACCCAGGACGAAGACGCAUCUUUAACAGAAGAUUUCAAUGAGAACAAAGCACAGAGUCAAGAGCAGGAGAAGCUAAUCACCGAAGAAGUGCGGGAAGUUGAGCCGAAGUCCGACGAGAAACGAGAAAAAGAUUCUUAUGAGCUUUCUUUCUUAGAUGUCGGCGGUCGUGUCAGCAUGGGCCUCAACCGUAGCGAACUUUGUGACAACCUGUCCACCUCAAUUCUGCAAUCGCUUUUGGAUUCGCCUCGACGACGAUCAUUGCCGCGAUAUACUCUCAAUGAUUCGCUGCUCAAUGAUUCGGUUUUGGCAACUCCGAAAUCGCCGCGUGCACCCAAAGAGAGAUUCAAUACCAAAAUGCCUGGUUCAAGUCCUCGUCUGCUUGAUGAUAGUCUCAAAUCAGACAUAGCAAACAUCAUCGUGAACGAUUUGGUUACGAACGCUGUAGAUGACACUGACGACUUGAAAGAGUUGACAGGUCGACUCUCUUUUUCGAGUAAAGAAGAGCAGACAGUCUCAAAACCAGUCCAGAAUCUCUUUGAGCAGCUGGAUGAUACAUAUGAAGAUCUGCUUUCGAUUGAAAAGCCUUCGUCGAGUCUCCAUACGGUGCUCUCACCAACCGAUCGUACUCCUGGUUUUCCCCAACUGGUAGCUGAUACACCUCGAAAGGAACCGCCACCGCAGCCUUCUGCAGAGGAUGCGAAAGAGAACCAACUCGCGGAGUUGAGUCAAGUUCUGGAAUCGGACGACUGGAUGACGGCGAAGUGCCAGCAACUGGUGAAACCUUUGUGGAGCAGAAUAUGCGCUAAGGGUUGUAUACUUCCAUUAUAUGAUGAUUUCGUUGCCGUCCCAGAUGUGCCAGAAGAGAUAUCGGUAGAAGGCGAAGAUGAGCAGCUUAUGAUUGAGAAUAAGACGUUCUUAAUAUGGGCUACCAUGAUCGAAUUGGCAUCAAAAUUGUGGCCCGAAUCGCAAACGGAGAAAAUGAGAUUGAGUUCAAAGAUGCUUCCCAUUCCGAGGAGUGAGGAGGACUUUUCCAAGAAAGCAACUUGCUACGUGCUAGAGCAGCUCAGCGAAAUGCCUGCCUCGCAUCGUUACAAUAGAGUCAGUCGCCCUCCUCCACCUCCAUAUGCGGACACUUCCGUAGACAAAGCGGUAGGAAGACACGUGUAUCAAGAAGAUCCCUACAGUUUUGGCAGAGAGGUGGAUAAGGAGUACCGCAAGCUUUGCGAAGAAAUCAUCGAGAAAGUUGGCGAUCGUUUUGUCUCCGCCGAAGUACAAGUUCUGCAACAUCGACUUGUUGCCAGCGACAUUGACACCACCCCGCUGACUCCUUCUGCCAUGAUUUCUGGCGAUUACGGUCGUCCAUCGUUGAGUAGACUUUCUGUGAGUAGUCGCGUUUCGAUAGGAUCGUUGCCUUCUAAAUCACCACUUCGUAUCGUACCUGAAGUGUCUGAGCUGUAAGCUGAGCUAAUCUAACAGUGACCAAUUCUCUGUCAUCUUACUUUACUGAAUUGAAGUGUUUGGUUCAGACUGCGCACACUGUUUAGGUCAAUCAGUGUAUUGCUUCACUUUUGAAAGUAUCUCCUACCUGUACAAUUUUUUGU